AUGUCUAAAAGAAGAUUUGGUUCAAAAUUGCUUAAGAAAAAAUCACCGAGAUUGGCAAAAAGAGUGAAGACUAGUGAGACCACUGAGCAGAAAGCUGAUAAAACGAUCAAGGACUCAAAGAAGCACUCUUCUAAGAAAAGCAAAGAGAUAAAGAGCAAGAACAGUAAAUACGAGAUAGACCUCACCGAGUUCAAGUCUGUCUUGUUGAAGCCUAAGAAGAAUAUUACUGCUUAUGCAUUUUUCAUCAAAGGGAAAUAAAGCCCAGUUUGCUGCUGGAAAGAAAGUUAAUAAAAUUGCUCCUGCUCUAAUGAAGGAGUUUGGCAAAGAGUGGUCAGGCUUCACAGAUAAUGAAAAGGAGCCAUACAAGCAGAAAGCUAAAGAUGACAAAUUGAGAUAUGAGAAAGAGUUCAAAGAGUUUGCACUAAAGUGUGGUAGCAUUCAGAAAAUUAGGGAAUGGGAAAAGAACAGACCCAAGAAGCCUCUCUCUUCUUAUAUGAUAUUUGUCAAAGAAACACGCGCAAAGGUAUGAAGGCAGAAUCCUAAAAUGCAUGCACUCCAAGUGAUGAAAGAGGUUGGGAAACUUUGGAAGAAUUUAGACCAGAGCAGCAGAAAAUUGUUUGAUGAUCAAGCCCAAGUGGAUAAGCAGAGAUUUUUAAAAGAAAUGAAAGUUUUUGAGAAAGAACUUAACUCAAUGAAUUUUGAAGACCAAGAGGAAAAGUUAGAUCAGGAUGAAAACAAAAUUGACAAAAAAUACAAAGUUGACCUACCCCAAGAUAUGCAGGCUCCUGAGACAAAUAUCUUCCAAUACUGUAGCAACGCGAGCACUUCGACAGCAAUUUAUGAUGCUAACAUAGAAUUGAUGUCGAAACAAGGAAUCAUUCAUAAAGGAUCCGAAUCAAAAAGAACUGCUGGUAAUAGUAGUCAAAGCUCAGAUGCAAAUAGAUAUUUUCAGCAAGAGUAUAGAGGGGUAGACGGAUCCCAGGAGAUUAUUAACCAGCCAUCUUACUUCAAUUCAAAUGGAGUUAUGGAGAGGAACUUCAUUCAAUUACUUGCAUGAAAGGACGAAGGUGAAGCUAUCAAGCUCACUAAUGAAGAGGAAGACGACGAAAAGAUUUCUACAGAACCCAAUAAUAUCCCAAAUCUUCUUCACAGAAAUUUUUGGAAGAAUGAAUUUAAUCAAGGAUUAUUUGAAUUUGAAGAAAGCACUCCAUACAACUAUUCCCAAACAAAAGAGCAAACAAUCAAUUAUGAUUUACUAAUUAAUAAAUCUAAAGACAAUGCUCUAGAUUCAUUAAUCCAGGAAAGUUUCGAGUACCACAGCGAUGCAGAAGAACCAAUCCACGAUCCCUCUUGUGUGCCAAUUUCCUUUAAGAGUCUAUCUUAAGCCUCAAAGAUGGCGGCUUUAGCCUCAUAUUUAGUUUAUUUUGUGCUUUUGUU